GCGCUCGUCGGAUGCAGGGCUGGUGUGUUGAAUAAGGAAGGGUGGCUUUUCCUUUUCGGUAUUAUGAAUGAAAGUCUGUCCUAUGAUUUUAGCCCAGAAAUAGUUACAAGUGAGCGCUAUCAAUAAGGUACUGUUACGGAGCUGAACUAAGCUCACGCAAAUUAGUUCAAGAUGUCUGCGAGUGCGGUGUAUGUCUUGGACUUGAAAGGAAAGGUCCUGGUGUGUCGGAAUUACCGAGGAGAUGUGGACAUGUCAGAGAUCGAGCACUUCAUGACACUUCUGAUGGACAAAGAGGAGGAGGGGACGCUCUCUCCCAUCCUGGCUCAUGGAGGAGUCCGAUUCAUGUGGAUUAAACACAAUAACCUCUACUUGGUUGCAACGUCCAAGAAAAAUGCGAGCGUCUCGCUGGUUUUCUCCUUCUUGUACAAAAUUGUCCAGGUUUUUUCAGAAUACUUCAAAGAAUUGGAGGAAGAGAGCAUUAGAGAUAACUUUGUCAUCAUAUACGAGCUGAUGGAUGAGCUGAUGGACUUCGGCUAUCCGCAGACCACAGACAGCAAGAUUCUGCAAGAAUACAUAACCCAGGAGGGGCACAAGUUAGACACUGGCGCCCCGCGACCCCCAGCCACAGUAACCAACGCUGUCUCCUGGAGGUCAGAGGGCAUCAAGUACAGGAAGAACGAGGUCUUCCUGGACGUCAUUGAGUCAGUCAACCUCCUGGUUAGUGCCAAUGGUAAUGUUCUACGUAGUGAGAUCGUGGGCUCCAUUAAGAUGCGUGUCUUCUUGUCUGGAAUGCCCGAGUUGCGUUUGGGCCUUAAUGACAAGGUUCUGUUCGAAAACACCGGACGAGGGAAGAGUAAAUCAGUAGAGCUGGAGGAUGUCAAGUUUCAUCAGUGUGUCCGUCUGUCUCGCUUCGAGAAUGACCGUACCAUCUCCUUCAUUCCUCCAGAUGGAGAGUUUGAGCUCAUGUCUUACCGACUCAACACUCAUGUGAAGCCCUUGAUCUGGAUUGAAUCUGUUAUUGAGAAGCACUCCCACAGUCGGAUCGAGUACAUGAUCAAGGCAAAGAGUCAGUUCAAGAGGCGUUCCACAGCCAACAACGUGGAGAUCCACAUUCCAGUGCCAACGGACGCUGACUCACCCAAAUUCAAGACCACAGUGGGCAGCGUCAAGUGGGUGCCUGAGAACAGUGAGAUCGUCUGGUCGAUCAAGUCCUUCCCCGGUGGAAAGGAGUAUUUGAUGCGGGCCCACUUUGGUCUGCCGAGUGUAGAGGCUGAAGAUAAGGAGGGGAAGCCACCAAUCAGUGUCAAGUUUGAGAUCCCUUACUUCACCACCUCAGGCAUCCAGGUGCGUUACCUGAAGAUCAUUGAGAAGAGUGGAUAUCAGGCCCUGCCGUGGGUGCGCUACAUCACCCAAAAUGGAGAUUACCAGCUCCGGACCCAGUAGGCAGCGCCUCAGCCGGCAGUAGGCAGGUGGAAAUCAGAGGGGGCGGAGUCGAGCCGCUAAUGUGCUAUCAAUGGCAGGUGUCAGUCACGAGACCAGAGGACUGUCAGUAUCUACUUUUUGUUUUUGUUUUUGUAUUCGUUGAAGUUUUAUUGAUUUCUGAUCAAUGCAAAUAAUAGAUGGAGCCUUCGGUUAGACAAGGUUUGGAAAAAAAAAAAAGAAGGAAAGUAAUUAUGUUUUAUCACUGUAUGGCUCCGAAUGUGAGUGAACGCCAAGAAAAAAAAAAGCAGGAGUAAUGUUUACAUCCAACCCAGAUGGUGCGGAGACGUACACAAUCUAUUAGAAAGGUUCAAAAGUAUUAUAGUAGUAUGUUACAAUUCUCUCUUAAAGUUACUGUAAUCACCUCAAGACAGGUUAACAACACACUCGCCGGUCAGUCUGAGUAUGGUAUUUUAUAUGAAGCUGCUUUGUUCUGCCACAAUUCCUCUCUGUUGAUUAUCUGUAUAUAUUUGUUACAUGUUAAUGGACUCCAGUGUUAUUUGUUUGUAAAUUUAAAAAAAAGCUCUCUUUUUUUCUGUAUUAUCACCUCUGUGUGAUGCCAUUGAUACGUGCCAGAGCGACGCCUUCCUGCAUGGCUGUUGUGCUUUUUGUUCAUCUGGUAGACUCUUUUGACAUUCAGCUUUGCAGUUAAGACUGAAACGUGGUCAGUUUAAGUUGCACGGUAAAUAGAAUUACCAGUUGUAAAAUUCCUCUAUUCCCGCCCCGAUACCUGUUUUCCCUCUCUCGUCUGUAACCACAUUAUUUUAAAUCAUUAAAUGUCUAUUUAGAGAAACUGUUC